GCCCGGGCCCCGCGCGGCCCGCGCCCCCGGCCCCCGCUGAGCCCCGGGGGCCCCGCCGUGGCCGAGGCCAUGUUCCCCGUGUUCCCUUGCACGCUGCUGGCCCCCCCCUUCCCCGUGCUGGGCCUGGACUCCCGGGGGGUGGGCGGCCUCAUGAACUCCUUCCCGCCACCUCAGGGUCACGCCCAGAACCCCCUGCAGGUCGGGGCUGAGCUCCAGUCCCGCUUCUUUGCCUCCCAGGGCUGCGCCCAGAGUCCAUUCCAGGCCGCGCCGGCACCCCCACCCACGCCCCAGGCCCCGGCGGCCGAGCCCCUCCAGGUGGACUUGCUCCCGGUUCUUGCCGCCGCCCAGGAGUCCGCCGCCGCCGCAGCCGCCGCCGCCGCCGCAGCCGCCGCCGCCGCCGUUGCUGCUGCGCCCCCGGCCCCGGCCGCCGCCUCCACUGUGGACACAGCGGCUCUGAAGCAGCCCCCGGCGCCCCCUCCGCCGCCCCCUCCGGUGUCGGCGCCCGCCGCUGAGGCCGCGCCCCCUGUCUCUGCCGCCACCAUCGCCGCAGCCGCGGCCACCGCCGUCGUUGCCCCAACCUCGACGGUCGCCGUGGCCCCGGUCGCAUCUGCCUUGGAGAAGAAGACAAAGAGCAAGGGGCCCUACAUCUGUGCCCUGUGCGCCAAGGAGUUCAAGAACGGCUACAACCUCCGGAGGCACGAGGCCAUCCACACGGGAGCCAAAGCCGGCCGGGUCCCUUCGGGUGCUAUGAAGAUGCCCACCAUGGUGCCCCUGAGCCUCCUGAGCGUGCCCCAGCUGAGCGGAGCCGGCGGGGGAGGGGGAGAGGCGGGUGCCGGCGGCGGAGCGGCCGCAGUGGCCGCCGGUGGCGUGGUGACCACGACCGCCUCGGGAAAGCGCAUCCGGAAGAACCACGCCUGCGAGAUGUGUGGCAAGGCUUUCCGCGACGUCUACCACCUGAACCGACACAAGCUGUCGCACUCGGACGAGAAGCCCUACCAGUGCCCGGUGUGCCAGCAGCGCUUCAAGCGCAAGGACCGCAUGAGCUACCACGUGCGCUCACAUGACGGCGCUGUGCACAAGCCCUACAACUGCUCCCACUGUGGCAAGAGCUUCUCCCGGCCGGAUCACCUCAACAGUCACGUCAGACAAGUGCACUCAACAGAACGGCCCUUCAAAUGUGAGAAAUGUGAGGCAGCUUUUGCUACGAAGGAUCGGCUGCGGGCCCACACAGUACGACACGAGGAGAAGGUGCCAUGUCAUGUGUGUGGCAAGAUGUUGAGCUCGGCUUAUAUUUCGGACCACAUGAAGGUGCACAGCCAGGGCCCUCACCAUGUCUGUGAGCUCUGCAACAAAGGUACAGGUGAGGUCUGUCCAAUGGCGGCGGCGGCAGCGGCGGCGGCAGCGGCGGCGGCGGCGGCAGUGGCAGCCCCUCCCACAGCUGUGGGCUCCCUCUCGGGGGCCGAGGGGGUGCCUGUGAGCUCUCAGCCACUUCCCUCCCAGCCCUGGUGAGCUCCAAGUUGGUGGGGGGGAGAGGGGAGAAUGGAGGAAAGUCCCUUGGUACCAUCUCCUCUUCCCCUCUCUCUUCCCACCAAUUCCUCACUAUUUCCCCCAUCAACCAAGGAGCCUCCAAAAGGAAAGGAGGAAGAAGUGUUUUCUUAGGGGAAUUCACUAGGUUUUAAUGAUUUGUUUCUCCUGCUCCUCUCUUCUCCCUAUCAGACCUGACCCCACACACACCUGUCCCCUCGGUUGUGUUGAGGCCCCCUGGACAGUGGGCAGGGGUGGCAGAGGACAGGAGUGGCCACUGCCCUCACCCCCUCUCCUCUCUGUAACCCCCUGCCCUGCCCUUCCAGGG